AUGGAAGAGCAACACGACGAAUCUGUGCCAGAAGCUAGGCUACGCAUCUUUUGCGCUCGGAUACACUUGCGGUAUGAACAAGCCGAAAAGCACGUGGUCGGUCUGCCUGGUAUCGUCCCGUUCGAGGCGGUUGUCAUUCAGGGCCUGAAAGGGAUAAUUCUCCGCGAAGGCGUUUAUGCUUCCGACGCGGCAUAG